GGAAGAGCCGAGCAAGGAAAGAACCGAGCGAGGCAGCCGGCCCAGGUUUCUCCUCCUCCCCCGCCGACCAGAUUUUGACUACUGCAACACAGAUAAACCAAUAUGCCAGAAAAUCCUGUUGGAGAUAAACAGCAGGUGCUGCGGAUUCUGGAACGUCUGCUAAUGAAACUUCAUGACAGAGGAGACACUUCACAGACUGAUAAUCUCGCUUUUCUAUACAAUACAAUCAAGAAUCCCUUAUUCAAUCACAUCUUGACUCUUCAGCAGUCAGUCAAGCAGCUGAAGGAACAACUCACAUACGUGCCUUCAGAUCGUUCCGUGGAUUUCGAUUUUACCAAAAGAGGUUUGCUGGUGUUUGAUGCAGAUCCCCAUUCACUUCCUAAUGGAAACUUCUACAUGACUUGCAGCAAUAAUGAUCAGAUGGCUCCUCUGCUUCCAAAACCUGGAGCAGAUGAGUUUAAUUUGGCAAUCCAAAGGAUGGCAAAGGGCAGGCAAAUCAACUAUAUUGAUAUAGAGAAGCCAUUUAAUGGAGGCCUUGGAUUUAGUGUGGUUGCUCUUAAAAAUCAAAUUGCUGGAGAAGCUGGUAUCUUUGUCAAGGAAAUUCAGCCAGGAAGUAUAGCAGCCAGGGAUCAAAGAUUAAAGGAAAACGACCAAAUAUUGGCCAUUGAUCAUACCCUGUUGGAUCAGAGCAUUUCCCAUCAACAGGCAAUUGUACUUCUCCAACAGUCCACAGGUUCCUUACAUUUGAUUGUGGCCAAAGAGCCAACCCGAAGGAGCAGUAGGAACUCAACUGCUUUAAGUGAUGUUACUUUACCUGAAAUGAUCAGUUGGGGCCACAUUGAAGAAGUUGAGCUUAUUAACGACGGCUCAGGAUUAGGGUUUGGAAUUGUGGGAGGAAAAUCAAUUGGCGUAGUGGUAAGGACUAUUGUUCCAGGAGGACUAGCUGAUAAGGAUGGCAGACUCAGAACUGGUGAUCACAUCUUAGAAAUUGGUGGGACUAACGUACAAGGAAUGAGUAGUGAUCAGGUUGCUCAAGUGUUGAGAAACUGUGGAAACCAUGUUAAGAUGGUAGUUGCAAGAGAUCCCAUGUGUGACAUAACUGUGACACCACCAACUCCUGUGAACCAACCUGUAGGUGCUUUGGCUUUUUUUCAGGACAGAGCACUUGACACAGAAAAUGAAAUUCAUGAAGUUCAGCUGACUAAAAAAAAUGGACAGAGCCUUGGUAUCACAAUUGUUGGCUAUACAGGAGUUUCUGAUACAGUGGACUCUUCGGGGAUUUUUGUUAAAAACGUAAUACCUGGCAGUGCUGCGGAACACAGUGGUCAGAUAAAAAUCCAUGACAAAAUUAUUGCUGUUGAUGGGAUUAACAUUCAGAAUUAUACGAAUCAAGAAGUUGUGGAAGCCUUGCGCAAUACAGGACCAAUUGUGCAUCUGGCGUUGCUUCGGAAGAAACCCCUGCAUGCUGCUGUCUCUUCAGAACGCGAUCUAGACAGAGGGCAGCCCAAAGUGCCAACUUUAAACUUGACUGGUGUUGUGGUGACUGAAACUAACUUAGAUAGUGAGGAUGAGGAGCCUCAACAGCAUAAAGGCCAUUCCGAAAACAAAUGGAAGCAAAUACUACAAGCAGUUGGGAAAACCCCAAAGCCGCCAGAAGAUAAAUUGAAAUCCAAAUGGGAAAAAGUGCUAGGACCUGAUUUUGAAGUUACGGUUGUCACUGUGGACAUGCCAGUUGCAGAUGAUACUGAGCUACAGAAAUAUUCAAAGUUGCUUCCUAUUCAUACAUUGAGGUUAGGAGUUGAGCUGGAUACGUUUGAAGGACAUCAUUACAUAUCUUCGAUUGCUGCAGAUGGCCCAAUUGCUAAACUUGGUUUACUGCAAUUGGAGGAUGAACUUCUAGAGGUAAACGGAGUUCAGCUUUAUGGAAAAUCCCGCCGUGAAGCAGUUUCUUUUCUUAAGGAGGUGCCACCUCCAUUUACCCUGGUUUGUUGUCGGCACCUCAUUGAUGAUGGCACAGAGUCCUUUGUGGAUGAGCCUACCGCCAUUAUUACUUGCUCUCCAGAACCAAAGGUGAAACCCAGAGCCCCAGAGGAAGAAGAAGAAGAUGUGGAGCUAACACUGUGGUCUUCUGAAGUCAAAAUUGUUGAACUUGUAAAAGACAUGAAAGCGGGUUUAGGAUUCAGCAUUUUGGACUAUCAGGAUCCCUUAGAUCCAACAAAGGCAGCAUUUGUGGUCAGCUCACUGGUGCCAAAUGGAGUGGCUGAAUGUGGUGGGGAACUCUUCCCCGGUGACCGUCUGGUCUUUGUGAAUGACAUAUGUUUGCACAAUACAUCUCUAGGAGAAGCUGUAGAAGUAUUGAAAUCUGUACCACCAGGGAACGUUCACCUUGGAAUCUGCAAACCUUUGAUGGUAGAAAAUAAACAGAAUGGAACCUCUUCUACUAUGGAUCCCAAGAGUAUUGGCAGAAAUUCAGUAUCUCAAGAACCAAUCAAUAUUAUUGAGUCAUCAAUACUGCCUGAAGCGCCAAAGGACUUCAGAGAUGGAUCUUUUUCUAAGGAAGAUCUCGUUGAUGAACCAAUCCUGGAUUUGGGCAGACAAUUUCAACAUGCUCAGAGUGAAAUAGACGUUGAUAAGGAGUCGUGGGAAAUGCAUGAGUUUUUGAAGCCUGUGGCGGAGUAUGUUGGUGAAGAGCGGGAGAUGCUAGUGGAUGAAGAGUAUGAUGUAGAUCAAGAGUACUAUAGAUAUAUCCCAUUGGAUGAGAAAGAACUUGCUCCAUCAACUGAGAUGGACUUUACAACUGCAAAGCAAUGGGUAAAAGAACUGGAACCUACUCAAAUGGAUGAAUUGAGUUCUACAAUGGGCCUCAGUGCUGAAGAGACUGAAGAAAACACUAGUAACAGUUCAGUGUUUCCUGGAGCUUCAAUGGAAAGCAGCCAACAAAAGACUCUAUUGGAUGGUGCUAAGAUGCAAAAUGACCCUAAAGAUCUUCUAUGCAUUGAUGAUGAUCUUAAAAGAAAUAGACUGAAGACUGAAGAUUACGAUCUUUCCAGCACCCAAGAUCCUGCUCUACUUAGACUAGGGCUGUCUAGUGAAUUGCCUGAGAGAGAAGAAGGAGAAGGAGAAGAAACUCCAGUUUUCAGUCACUGGGGACCACCCCAAACUGUUGAAAUUUUUCGAGACCCCCAUGUGCCUCUUGGCAUCAGUAUUGUUGGUGGACAUACAGUUAUAAAGCGCUUAAAGAAUGGAGAAGAGCUUAAAGGUAUCUUUAUCAAGCAAGUCUUGGAAGACAGCCCAGCAGGAAGAACAAAAGCUCUCAAAACUGGAGAUAAAAUACUUGAGGUGUCUGGAACAGACCUGCAAAAUUCUACUCACAAAGAAGCUGUGGAAGCUAUCAAAAAUGCAGGCAACCCCAUUGUUUUUGUUAUUCAAAGCUUGUCCACACUUCCAAGGAUAGUUUCCAUAGGAAACCCCAAGAAAAAUAAAGACCACGAAGAUCAAGAAACAGAAGGGGAAGCUGAAGAGAAGAAAAGUGGAGCUCCACCACCCAUGAAAUUGCCACCACCUUACAAAGGACCAAAAAAGUCAAGCUCUGAAGAGACAGAGGAGGAGGAGGAGGAGGAGGAGGAGGAGGAGAAGGAGGAGGAAGAUGACAUGUAUACAGAGGAGAAAAUCAGACAAAGGUAUGCAGAUUUGCCCGGGGAGCUGCACAUUCUUGAGCUUGAGAAGGAUAAGAAUGGACUUGGACUCAGCCUUGCUGGCAACAAGGAUAGGUCUCGCAUGAGCAUCUUUGUUGUGGGCAUAAGUCCAGAUGGCCCUGCAGGGAAAGAUGGAAGAAUGCACACUGGAGAUGAACUUUUAGAGAUAAAUAACCAGAUCUUGUAUGGGAGAAGUCACCAGAAUGCUUCUGCAAUAAUCAAAACUGCACCAUCAAAGGUCAAACUGGUAUUUAUACGCAACGAUGAUGCAGUUAACCAGAUGGCUGUGGCUCCUUUCCCAUUACCCUCUAGCUCCCAGUCUUCCAUUGAGGAUGUCAGUAACAAGAUUGACAAACAGGUGGUAGAGAGCCAGCAAGUUAUGGCAGAACAACCUCCAGAAAACUUUCGUAACCAAUUAAAGCAAUCAAAGACUUCAACAGUAAUCCCCAUCAGUUUACAUGAUAUCUCUUUGGCACCUGCACCGUCUUAUUCUCCAGAGACCGAGUUCACCAGCAGAAGCAACUUUCCACCUCCUUUUGUGGAUCCAGCAACAUGCUCAAUAGUUCCUGGUCAAGAAAUGAUCAUAGAAAUAUCCAAGGGCCGAUCAGGGCUUGGUCUCAGUAUUGUAGGAGGGAAGGAUACGCCACUUGAUGCUAUUGUAAUACAUGAAGUUUAUGAAGAAGGGGCAGCUGCUAGAGAUGGUCGACUUUGGGCUGGUGAUCAAAUACUUGAGGUUAAUGGCAUAGACUUGAGGAAUGCUGGUCAUGAAGAUGCUAUCACAGCAUUGAGGCAGACACCUCAGAAAGUGCAACUGGUUGUAUAUAGAGAUGAAGCUCACUAUAAAGAUGAAGAGAAUUUGGAAAUUUUUGAUGUAGACCUCCAAAGGAAAAUGGGCAGAGGGUUGGGGCUGAGUAUUGUCGGAAAACGAAAUGGAAGUGGAGUAUUUAUCUCUGACAUUGUCAAAGGAGGAGCUGCAGACCUUGAUGGAAGGUUAAUUCAAGGGGAUCAGAUCUUAUCUGUCAAUGGAGAGGAUGUAAGACAUGCGUCACAAGAGGUGGUUGCCACCAUUCUUAAGUGUGCUCAAGGGCUUGUGCAGCUAGAGAUUGGACGACUGAAGGCUGGAUCUUGGCUCUCAUCACGAAAAACAUCUCAGAACAGCCAGUUAAGCCAGCAUAGUCACUUUCACCCUACAUUUGCUCCAGUUAUCUCCACUUUGCAGAAUUUUGUCAGCACUAAGAGGUCAUCUUCUGAUUCCUCUCACAGAAACUCAGUUGGAGCAGACAUGAGCCCAAGGACCGUAGAGAUAAUAAGGGGUCCAAAUGAUGCUCUUGGUAUCAGUAUAGCUGGUGGCAAAGGAAGCCCUUUGGGAGACAUUCCAAUCUUCAUUGCCAUGAUUCAAGCCAGUGGAGUAGCAGCUCGUACACAGAAACUCAAAGUUGGCGAUCGGAUUGUCAGUAUUAAUGGAGAACCUUUGGAUGGGCUGUCUCAUGCUGAUGCAGUUAAUCUACUGAAGAAUGCUUUUGGGAGCAUUAUCCUGCAGGUUGUAGCUGACACCAACAUCAGUGCCAUAGCAAGCCAGCUAGAGAGCAUGACUGCCAGCACUAAUUUCAGCCCACCUACCGAGCACCAUCCUGAAGACACAGAAACACCUCAACCUAAGGUUAUUGUGUUGGAGAAAGGCUCAGAUGGAUUGGGAUUUAGCAUUGUAGGAGGCUACGGAAGUCCCCACGGAGACCUCCCUAUUUAUGUCAAGACCAUUUUUGCAAAGGGAGCAGCUGCAGAUGAUGGCAGACUGAAGCGUGGUGAUCAGAUUUUAGCUGUUAAUGGAGAAACUCUGGAGGGCGUGACUCACGAGCAAGCUGUAGCUAUUCUGAAGCGCCAAAAAGGGACUGUAACACUAAUUGUGUUGUCAUGAUCUUUGCUGCAAAUGCAAUCGGGGCUGGAUGCAAUUAUUUCUGAGCAUCACUAGAGCUACUAUAAAACAGUAUAAAUCCUAUAUGAGAUGAAAACCCAACUCCAGCUAAAGUUAGCACACAUUAAUCAUGUUCUCUGUGUGGUUACACUCAUUAUAGAGGUUCAUUUUGUCUAGUCAUUGAAAUCCUUAACACACACACACACACAUAUGCCUUGGUUUCCUUGAAUGUAUUUCCUAUUUCCUGCUUUCCCCAUAACUAUCAUCUAUUAGUAGAAAGUAUAAUAACCGAAACUAGAAUUAGCAUAGACAUAAGAGAGGAAUUUAGCUUAUUGUUGGAUGCCAUCUGAUGAACAGGAAGUAAAUGCUAAGUGACUUUUCGUCUCAUUCAUGGUUUGCUUAUGUUAAUUUUCUUUUCAACUGUGCCAGAAAACAUUAAAAUGUAAUUCAAUUACUGCUGUUCCAAAUGAUAAAAUAUCAAAUUCUCCUAUGGGAAAUUAAUUGUAUAUGGAGUUCUAAUGAUGAAAUGCCAACCUCCCUGUCUAAUCUCUCUGGGUAGAUAUAUGUAUGUUAGUUAUAAUUAUGAUGAGUCAAUUUUCAGCCUCUCCUCAGUUUGCACACUGGUCAUCUUUAAAUUGGUUUGGCUCCUGAAAAUCCUUCUGAUCGAUUGACAAGAACCUUCUUGAAGGAUCUGUCUCAAGGGAGCUGGUAAAGUGGAAGAAAUGGUUUGUACAGUUUAAAGCUUAACUCUGUGGAGGUGGAAGAAAGCACUUUAAUUUGGAACAGGGCUACUCCUUAUUAUUUAUAAUUAUAAUACAAUAGUGAAAAGUAAAGGAAACCUGGUAGUGCUAGUAACUCAUAAUCAAUUCUGUGGUCCGAUGUUUUCUCAAUAAACAAAGUGAUAAUUUUAUGUCUUAAGCUUGCAACAUCUGUAGAAUGUAUCUUUACUGUAUGAUCCAAUUAGAAUGCAAUAACAUUCAUCUUGAUUGUUCAUAAUAAAUAUAUAUGUGCUAAAUUGGUCAAAGGGGAGGAAGCAGUAGUCCAAGAAAAAGCAAUUUGUCCUGUUAAGAAUAAUGUCUUUGUUUUAUGUGCCAUGUUUGGAUUUAGCUAAUCACAAAGUGCAUUAAGCUACUGGAAUACAUUGAGGGUAUUCCACGAAUAGUGCCUGAAAGCAGAUUUAAAAGAUUUUAAGGGAUUUCUACCCAGUCUUCAGUGUGCGGAUUAAUGUUACUGAUAUUUAUGAGAAAUGCAAAAAAAAGGCUGAUGAAGAAAAUUGAAAAACACUUUUCUGUUUGUCAAAUUGUGCUGAAGUUCCAUUGCACAUCCAUAUUAAACUUGAACAAACA